AUGGAUCGCAUCAAGGAAAAAAUGAACUCUCUGCGCAUCGAGGCCGAUGAGGCUUCUUCCAAGGUUGAAGAUCUCCAGAAGCAGGUCAAGACGCUCGAGCAGGAGAACCUCCAGAAGGAGCACGAAAUCACCUCCCUGACACACAAGAAUUCUGGACUCGAGGCUGAGGUUGACAAGUUGGAGACUCAGCUCAAGGACGCGAAGGCGAUGGCUGAGGAGAGCGGUAUGCAUGGCACACAGAACGAGACCCUUCAGCGGAGACUGCAACUCUUGGAGGAGGAAGCUGAGGAGGCCGAUAAGAAUCUCAGAGAGACUAACGACAAGCUUCGUCAAACAGAUGUCAAAGCCGGCCACUUCGAACGCAAAGUCCAAGCCCUCGAGCAAGACCGCGAUCAGUGGGAGUCGAAGUACGAGGAGAUGGCCAAGAAGUACGCCGCGGUGCAAAAGGAGUUGGAGGACUUCCAGGCAGAGAUUGGCAACAUUUGA